AUGUCGGAUUCAACUGAUGAGAUGACGAUUGAAUUAGCGACAAAGAGAGUAAAGCUCGACGAUAGUGAAAAUAAAGACAGACUCAGUGACUUACCUGAAUCCAUUAUUCUUCACAUAAUGUCAUUUUUAAAUACUGAAUAUGCCGUUAGAACUUGCAUUUUGUCUACAAAAUGGAAAGAUAUCUGGAAACGUCUUCCUGCCCUUAUAUUGCGUUCCUAUGAGUUUAGAUCUAUGGAGAUAUUCAAAAAAAUUGUGUCCAAUGUUUUAUCUCUUCGUGAUUCCUCUAUCUCAUUGCAGUCUCUCGAUUUUGAGCGUUAUAAUUGUCGCUUUGAGACAGAAAUGCUCAAAACGGUUGUGAAUUAUGCUCUUACUCACAAUGUCCAACGAAUAGGACUUUAUGUCAAUGGUGGUGACAUUGCACAAAUUCCGCCUACCAUGUUUUCAUGUGAGACUUUAACACAUCUUAAGCUUUCCAUUCACAAUGGCAUCCGUCAUAAAACAGUACUAUUUCCAGAAUCUCUCAAUUUGCCGGCAUUAACUAGCUUGCAACUAGGGAAUUUCACAUUUUGUGUUCGCGAUAAUGACAGUGCUGAACCAUUUUCAAUCCUUAAUAGGUUGAAUAACUUGCUUAUUUCCGAUUGUACCGUGAAAGGUACAGACACCCUCUGCAUAUCAAGUGCAACACUUGUCAAUUUAACGAUAUACAAUAACUCAAAUGACUAUUACAAAAUUGAGCUACGUACUCCAAGUCUUUGUACGUUUGCUUUUUGUGGUACUCCUUGUCAGAGUAUCUCUGGGAGCAAUGUUUCUUCUCUUAAACAUGUGGAUAUUCAUGCAGAAGCAGAAGUAGUUUCAUAUAGCCUCGGACCUCCUAUGUUUCUGUUUAGCUGGCUCCUAGAGUUUGCUAAUAUAAAAUCCUUGACCGUCACUGCAACUACUCUUCAGGUUCUCUCCUUAUUUCCUGGCAUGUUUAAGUUCAACUUCCCUUCCUUGGGUAACUUGAAGUCAUUGAGAGUGGAGUUUGAUGAAAUUCCAUACAAAUUUCGCAUGUUACUGUGCAAGGUCAAGUUACUGACAGUUGAGUCAGAGGAAGAAACAGCCCGGAUAACAAAAGCAUUUGAAUUAGGAUCCGAACCGUCUCCACCCAUACCUGUUGGAAUGGUGGACUUCUUGCUUCAAAAUUCAUCCUCUGCAGAAGUUAAGUACGUCGAUUGCACAAAAAAACCUCUUAGACCGAGACGUUUAUAAUUGGUUUGUUAUAAUCCAUGAUUACAAGACAGAUGGGAAAGUGUGGAGAAGCUCUGCUAUUUAUGCAUAACAGUACUUACUAUGCAAUAUUGAUGCUGGUUGAAAUGCUGAAUUUUGUUUAUGUAAUGUUUAUGUUAUU